AUGAGAGCAGAGAAUAGAACCCAGGUGUCUGAGUUCAUUCUCUUGGGAUUCACUGAUUGCCCUGAUCUAGAGAUAUCUCUCUUCAUCCUCUUCUUGUUGAUUUAUCUACUCAUGCUGAUGGGCAAUCUUGGCAUAAUUGUGCUGAUUAAUGUUGACCCAGUCCUUCAGUCUCCCAUGUAUUUCUUCCUCAACAACCUAUCCUUUAUCGAUAUUUGCUAUAGCUCCAGCAUUACCCCCAGAAUGCUGUACAAUUUCCUUGUAAAAGGCAAAACCAUUUCUUACCCAGCCUGUGCCGUCCAAAUGUUGUUCUUUACACUCUAUGCUACGGUUGAGUGUUAUAUCUUGGCAGUGAUGGCGUAUGAUCGUUUCAUGGCAAUCUGCAAGCCUCUGCUCUAUACAGUUGCCAUGACCAAGAGAUUUUGUGUUCAGCUUGUGGCUGUCUCCUAUCUCAUGGCCUUGGUAAAUGCCCUUGUCCAUACCAGCUGCACCUUCAGACUCUCAUUCUGUGGCCCUAAUGAAAUCAGCUCUUACUUUUGUGACAUUCCUCAGUUGCUGCAUCUCUCUUGCUCAAACAACUACACGUCCCAAGUGGUACUCUAUGUCUUCUCAUCUUUUGUGGUGGUAGGGAAUGGAAUGAUUGUGCUCAUUUCUUAUGCCUAUAUUGUUACAACUAUCCUAAAGAUGAGAUCAUCCACAGGCAGACACAAAACCUUCUCCACUUGUGCCUCCCACCUGGCAGCCGUUGUGCUCUACUAUGGGACACUGACCUUCAUCUAUGUCCAGCCUGGAGGGAUGGAUGCAGUGGAGCAAGACAAGCUGGUCUCUGUGUUUUACACUAUUGUCAUCCCCAUGCUGAACCCAUUGAUCUACAGCCUGAGGAACAAGGAGGUGAAGAAUGCCAUGAGAAAGCAGAUAGGCAGAUUUUUUUUCCUUUGGUGA